AUGUAUUUUGUGGUCAAUUUAUCUAAUUAUUUUUAACAUUAAAGCAUUUAUAAGAAUGUUUCGUUGCUGUCUGAAUCGAAGCAAUGUUUAUAUUAGUACUAUACGAUUUCGUACAAAUAUGGAUCAACGUUCUCUCCACAAUACCAAUUCACGGUAUGUAUUAUUAGUCAUACCUAUCACAGCAUUUUGCCUUGGUACCUGGCAAAUAAAGCGUUUAGCGUGGAAAAAGGAGUUGAUUUGUGAAAUGGAAGCUCGUACUACUUCUGAAGCGGUUCCCCUUCCUUCUGAUAUUUUAAGCCCUGGGAAAAUCGAAGAAAUGGAAUAUAAAAGGGUUAUCGUGCGUGGAAAGUUUGAUCAUACUAAAGAAGUAUUUCUUGGCCCACGCUCAAAGAAUGUUUCUAGUUCGUUUAAUAAUAGUAGUCUUAUAUCUUCACGAUCAGAAAGUGGAUACCACAUUGUUACGCCGUUUGUAUUAAACACAGGGGAAAGAAUAUUAGUGAACCGGGGAUGGGUACCCUUAAAAAUGAAAUCGUCAUUGACUCGAGUUCAAGGUCAAAUUGAGAAAGAGGUGGAGUUAACAGGGUUAAUUCGUAAAGGGGAAAAAAGACCGCAGUUUACUCCUUCUGUAAAAAACGAUAGUUUAACGUUUCAUUACUGUGACUUAGAUACCUUUUCUACUAUACUACAUACACAUCCUGUUCUUAUCGACGCUGAUUUUGCUUCUUCUGUAGAAGGUGGUCCAUUGGGUGGUCAAACUAGAGUCAAUAUACGCAAUGAACACUUACAGUAUAUAGUGACAUGGUAUUCGCUUAGUGCUGCAACUUUUUAUAUGUUUUCUAAAAUUCGCAAAUGAUCAAUUAUAAAAAAUAAUUUAACUAUUUAUUAGAA